AUGGAGGUAACUGAUGUAUUUGCAUUUGCUGUCUCUAUCAUUCAAAGGGUGCUUGCAACACUCAUAGGCUUCACAGUUGCUGCGCAUGAGAAAUAUCCUGAAUAUACAAAUAUUGUUUUCACCAUCAUUGGAGGAUAUCUUGUCUACUCAUUACUUGUCAAAUCAGCAAAAGCAUGGAUCAGGUUUACCAUUGGCCUAAUAAAAAUGGUCUUGGCAAUAUCAUUUAUCGUUUUAGCAUACGCUAUAUCAGUUAGAGGUUGGGAGACGUUUUACAACUUUGACGUUCCCCGCAUUCAAAGUUUUGCUUCAAUGUUCUAUAGAAUUGGUAAAACCACAAUGGGAUCAUUUGCUAAAGAGCGGGAGCAGAGCUAUCACGAAUAUUGGCAAGCUGCAGAAGGAGCAACUAAUGGCGGGAAAACCGGCAAUCCAAUCAUCGAUGAAGGUCUUGACUAUUUGAGAGAGAAUCUUGGCAGUGACACUAUCGACCAGGGGAUCGAGUAUAUUAAAGACAAGAUUGAUCUUAAUGAUGUCCAGAACCUACUACGCAUGGUGAAUCAUUAA